UUGGCGGAAGCUUUCCACACCCGGGCCCAGAGGAUCGGCGGGGAGGGGGGGGAGGGGAAGCCGUUCUGGGUCCAGAGGGCAGCGGGAGCAAGAUGAAGCCGUCCCUGGCGCUGCUGUUGCUGGUGGCGGUGGCCUUGAGCGGCGCUGGGGCUCAGCCGGGCGGUCUACCGCCUGGGAAGAAACUACGCAUGGCCUACGCCACCGGGCCGUUGCUCAAGUUCCAGAUCUGUGUUUCCUGAGGAUACAGGCGGGUGUUUGAAGAGUACAUGCGGGUUAUUAGCCAGCGGUACCCAGACAUCCGCAUUGAAGGGGAAAACUAUCUUCCCCAACCUAUAUAUAGACAUAUAGCAUCUUUCUUGUCAGUCUUCAAAUUAGUGCUAAUAGGCUUCAUUAUUGUUGGCAAGGAUCCUUUUGCUUUAUUUGGCAUGCAAACUCCAAGUAUCUGGCAGUGGGGACAAGAAAAUAAGGUAUAUGCUUGUAUGAUGGUUUUCUUCCUGAGCAACAUGAUUGAGAACCAGUGUAUGUCAACAGGUGCAUUUGAAAUAACUUUAAAUGAUGUCCCAGUGUGGUCUAAGCUGGAAUCUGGGCAUCUUCCUUCCAUGCAGCAACUUGUUCAAAUCCUUGAUAAUGAAAUGAAACUCAAUGUGCAUAUGGAGCAAAUGCCACAUCAUAGAUCAUAGCCCCAUUCAUCAGUACUGAAAACUUCUUACAUUAAGUGAUACUUUCCAAAGGCAACAUGAAUGAAAUAAAUGAAGGUCUGUACUGAAGACAGAAAGCUGUUGGUACAGGCUGGAUGAUCUACUUGUCUUCAUGUUGUACCUUCUGAAAAACUUAAUGCAAGAUCCCUUUUCAGUGCUGGUAUGUGUCGAAGAACUGCACAUUCAAGGAGUGCAAUAAUAUUGUAUAGUUUUUUUUAAAGUAAUUUAGCCAGUUCAGUUUUAGAAAAAAAUGCAGGUAUUAACUUGAUUACAAGUUUUUGCUUUUGAUUAGAUCCAGACUAAGUUGCAUUUUAGACUUAUUAAAUUUAGUGUGGAUUAAAUGCAACCAGUGGAGUCUUGAUCUAACUCUUUAUAUUCAUGUCUAUUAAGGUGGCAAAAUUAGUUAAUAUUCUAAUAUUUUCCCUGGGAAAAAGUCAUUUGCUUUAUGUGGCCUUUAUAGAAUAUUUGUGGUUUAAAAUCAAUCUUGAGAAGUACUGGCUGUCUUUUAAACUGGUUUGGAUAAUUGAUGGCUGACGAACAAUACUGAUUUGGUUAUGUAAGUUUUGUAUAUUUUCAGAGUAUAUUGCUGAGUGAAUGGUGCAUUGUAAAACUAAAUUAUAUAAACAAAUUAUAUGCAGAGUAACUUACCUUCUAUGUCAUGACUUCAGAAGACCAAGUGAUGUUCAGAUUCCCUUAACAAGUUGAAGUCUCUUUCCUGGCCCAAAUUGUACGAUCAAGUAAUCGGCCUUUAUGCUCUCAUAAAUAUGAACUAAGUAAACUAAUUUAAAUAAAGAAAUUUCAUUUACUGUGAGUAAAUCAGCUUAAAUCACUUGAUAAACUUAUCUGAAUAAUAUAUUGAAGAAAGAAGCAAAAGUAAUUUCAUAUAUAUUAUGGAUGUUUGGAAUCUCCCUACAUAAUCUUUGGCAUUACUCAAAACUUUCAUAAAUCCAAAAGGCGAUCCCACUUUCUUAAAGGAUAAUAUUUUUAGACCAGACAUUGAAAAACAAAAAUUAUUUUUGAACUAUGUGAACUUUUAAUUUUAAUUCAUUGAAGAAAAGGUUUUUCAUUGAGUAAGUUUAUUUCCGACAAAAUGUACUCUGGCUCCAGCCACAAUUCUUUCAAAUGUGCUGCAGCCACUAUUGGUUCCCAUGUUAUUCUUUUGAGUAGCAAAUAUUCAAAUACAUUUGUAGUAACAAAUAAGGUUAAAAAUGUAGAAAAAAGGGUUGUACUUUCCAUUUAUAAUGUCCUCCAUGUAUAUAAACAGUUUUGGAUUCAGAAAACAUAUAAUCAUACGUGGACUUAUAAUUAUUUUGAUUUGCUAAGUUGUAAAUUUGCAUAGCUUCUUAUACGGUUUAAGGUUCUUUUGAGUUCUCAUUUGGUGAUGUUUUAAGACUGAAAUUCUUUUACAAUAGCACAAAAAGAAAAAAACAGUAUACUGGUAAUCUAUGAUAGUAUCUUUCUAAGGCCAACAAGAUCUAAAAUUUGGAUAUUUUGAUCUUCCAGAAUUCUUUGCUUAAUAGAAUAAUAAAUAAAUAAAUAAAAAUAUGCUAUUUUUAGGCUGUUUAAAGUCCUAGUAAUAAUCAUCUACAAAUAUAAUAUCUACAAAGCCAAAUUUUCCUUGAGUUGAGCUUAACAUAUCAAUGGUAUUUUUUCCACAACUAUACUGAAAUGGUUUGCCAUUGUGAAUUUUGGGACUUGUUUGUGGCUUUCUUGGCCUUUCAUGUUGGUCCUCUGAGUACUAACUAUUUCUGAUCAACAUAAUUCUGUAGAUAGCAAACAACAUCUAGAUACCUAUUUCAAAUUGUCUCUUGUGAUUGCUGGCAAAUAAGUUUUUUAUUAUUAUUAUACUAUUUGGAAGUCCAGGAGAGCACAACUUGCUAUUUUGGUUGUUAAUUAUUACUCUUACGGUUAACAUAUAAUCAUAAUUAAAGAAACUUUUAGUUUAAAAGUUGGUGGUGAUGAAGAGUUCCAAUGCAAUGCAAUAAUUUCAUUAUUGUUGUUGUUGUUAUUUGUGUUAUAUGCCACAUGACUCCAAAUGUCUGGGCAGCUCACAACUUAAAAACAAAAUAACAAAUAUGCAAUCAACAAUAAAUAAGAUGGUGAAUAACAAGCAUGUAACAUACUCAACAUGGAAAUCUAACCACCCUAGCUCGAAAUCUGGGAGCCUUAAGCUGCCAAUUCUUAAGAUUUUAUGUUGCUACUGAACUUUUUCAUGUUUGUCUUUUAUAGGCUGACAUUUGGUUUCCCUAUUCCAAAGUAUAAUGCUAUCUUAUUAUUUAACAUUGUUCAGUGGCAUCUUCUGGAGAAAACAGGUUUCUACUCCCGCCUCCACUCAAAUAUCAAUUUACAUUAGGAAACAUGCAGAGCUCAUGUGUGACAAAAUUACUUUUGGGUUUGUGGUAGAAAAUAAAGCUUGCUCUGCAAAAUGAUAUUGCACACUGGUGUCUCCAAAGCGAAAGCAUUGACAUGAUGGGCCCCCAGAUUUUUAAGAAUAGAAUGGACAUUUUGCAGUAGCACUAUUUUAAUAAACAUCAGUACAGGUAGUACUCGACUUAUGACCACAAGUGACCCCCAAAUUUCAGCAAGACAUUUGUUAAGUAAAUUGUGCCUCAUUUUAUUAGGUCACAGUUUCUUGCCACAGUUGUUAGUUAUUAUUGUAAGUUAGUAACACGGUUAAGUACAUUUGCCUUCUCCAUUGAUUUUGCUUACGAGAUCACAGAAGGUGACCCAGGACAUUGCAACUGUCAUAAAUAAAUGCCAGUUGCCAAGCGUCUGAAUUUUAAUCACAUGGCCACAGGGAUGCUGCAAUGUCCGUAAGUGUGGAAAAUGGUCAUAAGUCACUUUUAUCAGUGUUGUAACUUCGAAUGAUCACUAAAUGAGUGGUUGUAAGUUGAGGACUGCCUGUAAUGUUGUGACUAUUAAUUCUGAUUUCUUACAUAGUUGCACAAGCUUCACAGAUACUUCUUUCUACUCUUAUUUCAAAAUUAAUUCCUUGUAAAAAGCUGGUUUUUUAAUAGUUUUUCAAGAUUGUUGAAGAAUUAUGAGAUGCUUAAUGCUCAGAGAGCUUGGUUGUUUUCUUGCAGACAUUUCAUUACCAUCAUGCUAGCACCGAUGAUGUUAUCAGUUUGGGUAAUGAAACGUCUGCAAGAAAACAACCAAGCUCAGAGCACCAACGACGCCUCCUUUCAACACUGAGCUAAAAAUAUUACCGUUGAUUGUAAAGAAUUAUGUUUUCAAAAAUAAAUUUCUGAAACCUAAAACAUUGAGUCACAGUACAGCAAACAUUAAUGAACACAUGUGUUUACUUAUUUGCAAUUAGUUUUCCAUAUACCUACAGUAUUUUAGUAGGUUUUUGAAUGGGGGUAAAAUUGCAGAACGAUUGAGAUUCUUCCUCAACCAAAACAAAUUUAAAAAAUCCAAACAACCAGCAUGGAAAAAGAACUAAUUAAAAGUAUUUUAAAGUAUACAAAGAAAUAAUAAAAACAAAUUUUGAUGGCAUAUUGAUCCAACUCAUUUAAAACUUCAAGUGAUUUUAUGAAAAUUAGGCAGUUCCAAUGAUAUAUAAAGAUUUUUUAAAAGUCUACUUAAUUCAGGUCAGUUAUGAUGGAAAAUUCAUUAUGGUCUGUGGACUUAUAACCCUUUUGGUUUUGUUCAGUCUAUGUGAUGCCUACUGUAAACUCUGUGAGAAAGACUUAGGUUGAAAUACAUUUGGGAUUUUUGUCUUCUUUUAAAAUCAGGAUUAAGUAUUGCUUGGCAUAUAUAUUGCACAUGUUUAUGUGAUAUGUUCAUACACGGUGUAUUUUUUUAAAUUAGUGUGCCAUAACUUUUGCUGAGCUAAUAACAGAUAUUUCUCUGCAUCCUCAAAUAUAUUUUGCUAUUGCUAUGAAAAUUACUGGUUUAAUCAUAGGAUAUAUAGUAAUGUGUUUUGGUUUCUGUAAUAUUCCCACUUUUAUAAUUUAUUUCAUUCAGAAUACGUAUCUUUUUCUCUUGUUCCAAAUUUUAAACUUCUCAUUUUUUUCAAAUUCUAUGUAAUACAUCAUUGUUAAAUCUCAUCUCAGGGAAGAAAUAAAUAUAUAAAGCUUAACUACACAAUAGCCAAUCAAAAUAGAGUUUCUGCUUUUUUAUAUAAUUAGCUUUACAUUUUACUAUAUAUCAAAACUGUUGGAUUUCAAUAAAACCUAAGUCUUUCAAUA